CAUUUAACACACUUCUCAUUUCUCAAUAUCAAAUAGACAUACUUUGCACUAGAAAAUGGUGUUUUCUUCAUUUGAUAUUCUUAUGAAAUCUGUAUUAGUUAUGUUAUUUAUUGGAGUCGUUUCUGCUCAACUUUCACCCACUUUUUACUCGAGAUCUUGCCCGAAGCUUCUUCCAACGGUGAAAUCGGCUGUGCAAUCUGCUAUUUCAAAGGAAACCCGAAUGGGUGCUUCUCUCCUACGACUACACUUCCAUGAUUGCUUUGUGAACGGAUGUGACGGUUCAAUCCUUCUUGAUGAUACAUCCUCAUUUACCGGCGAAAAGAGGGCGGCUCCUAACUUUCGAUCAGCUAGAGGUUUCGAAGUUGUGGACAAUAUAAAAUCAGCUGUUGAAAAAGCAUGCCCUGGUGUGGUCUCCUGUGCUGAUAUACUAGCUAUUACUGCUAGAGAUUCUGUUGCAAUCCUUGGAGGACCUAGUUGGAAUGUGAAAUUGGGAAGACGCGAUUCAAGAACCGCAAGCCAAGCUGCAGCCAACAACAGCAUUCCUCCACCCACAUCAAGCCUAAGUCAGCUAAUCUCUUCCUUUAACGCGGCCGGUCUUUCGUCUAAGGACAUGGUGGCUCUUUCAGGUUCCCACACAAUCGGGCAAGCAAGGUGCACCAAUUUCCGAGCCCGGAUUUACAACGAAACCAACAAUUUGGAUGCGUCAUUUGCCACAUCAAGGCGGAGCAACUGCCCAAGAGCCACCGGCUCCGGCGACGACAAUUUGGCACCACUUGAUAUCCAAUCUCCGACGUCCUUCAACAACGACUACUACAAGAACUUAAUUAACCAAAAGGGUCUGCUCCACUCCGAUCAACAGCUCUUCAACGGUGGCUCCGCCGAUUCUACCGUCAGACAAUACAGCAGCAACCCCAGUCUAUUCAGCUCCGAUUUUGCUGCCGCCAUGAUCAAGAUGGGUGAUAAUAAACCGCUUACUGGAUCCAGUGGAGAGAUCAGGAAGAACUGCAGGAGGACCAAUUAAGGAUUUCAAUCAAGUUCGGUGUUUUUUUAUAUGUAAAAGUGUUUCAAGUGUUGUUCCAGUCUUCUUCAUCAUUCUACUUUUGAUUGUCUAAAAAUAUGUAUUUUCCGGUUUUUUAAAGUAAUAUUUACAUACCUUUUUUUGAGUGUGUUUGGAUGAGC